AUGAGUGGACGGUCUGUUGCUCCUAUAUUAGAGCAACAUGGAGGGGAUGUAUACAUUACUGGAAGUACUGUUGUACGGCACAAGAUUGUGAAUGGACGUGAGUGUGAUGUAUUCCCACCUGACUACGAUACCCAACUCGUACUCACUGCCAAAUAUCUCUACAAAUUACGACAAACCCUUCCACCACCUGCACCACCAGUAGAGAAACAACAACAACAAAUACAUGAAGAACAUCAGUCAGUAAAGAUGGAAGAGAGUAAUGGGAAGGCUUCAACAGUUGUACAACCUCCAACACUAAAGUUAGUCUGGCGUGAAAGUCUUGGUUUGGUGCGAGCAGUUGUACCUCUAUACAAUCACUCAUUCCAUGAAUGGGCAGCUAAACAAAAUAUACCGUGCAGUAACUGCUAUGGAUUUGCAAUUGAGUACUUUAAUCCACAUGCAGCAGGACCGAAACUAGUCUCCAAGCAGACAGCAUUUCAGCGUUAUAUAAAGGAAGAGAGAUGCCGAUGUGUGAAGGACGUAUUUGCUGAUGUGCAGCUAACAACAACAACAACAACAACAACAACAACAACAACAACAACAACAACAACAACAGCAACAACAACAGCAGGGAGUAGUAAAACGAGUAAUGACACUAAUGGUGGUUUACGGGUGCGGGAGUUCCACGUUGGACUCAUCCGACCACCACCAGACACACCACAAGCCACUGGUGAAGGUUCAUUGUUUCUACAACAGGACUGGUGGCAUGCCUUUCAUGUAGCGCGAAUGAAUUAUUGGCAUGAACGACUUGAAGAUCAUCUUAUUGAGGAACCAGAAGUGUUUCAGUACCAAGUCUUUGCAAUGGAAUUCCCUAGUACUAAUGUUGCCACUUCUGAGAAGGUGCGUCCACUUCUUUGUCAACUUGUUCUUUCAACAGAACGACUAUAUGUUGUUCCUAGAUAUGAUGCGAAACUACUUUCACUUGAGUUACCGCUACAUCACCCAGAGAUGCGUUCGCGGUGGUUCACAGUCUCUGCACUGCAGUCUAUUUCCAUUGAUUCCAAUAAAGGUAUUAUAGUCUGUAUUGGACAGCAACAACAAGAGAAACGAGUUGAUUCUAAUGCUGUAAAGACUACUACUACUAAUAUGAGUAGUAAUUCCAGUGCUGCAGGAAUAACAGGAGAAGUGAAGUUAACGCUGGGAUUCUUUGACACUGCGGAGGCAGAGGAGGCAGUUCUAGAAAUACAGCGUGUGUGGGAAUUAACACACCGACAGGAUGAUUUUCCACUUGUAUGA